AUCUGUAGACCUCUCCCAUUCACAGAACAACAAUCAGUCUCUUCGUCUCCUCCUCAGGCUCAUCCUCUGUAGCUGCUUCUCGAGGAAAUGGCUUCCAAGGGGAAAAUAGGCUACAAGUGUCGCAUAGCCGCAGUUCUGCUCCUCCUCCUGGCCAGCAUUGCUGCUCUCAUUGCGGUCGCCGUCAUCCAGGGCAACUGGAGGUCCAAAGAGUAUACCUUAGAGUACGGCAUAGUGAUCGACUCAGGAUCAUCCCGGUCCAACAUCUAUGUGUACGAGUGGCCCGGGGAGAAGGAGAAUGAAACAGGAGUGGUGACGGAGAAACUGAAUUGUAGGGUUGCAGGUGCUGGAAUAUCAGACAUGAAAAUCGACCCAAAGAAAGACGCACAAUCAUGGGAAGGCUUCAAAGAAUGCAUGAAAAAUGUCUCUGCGACCAUUCCUGCGAAAAAGCACAAAACCACCCCUCUCUUUUUGGGAGCCACUGCUGGAAUGAGAUUGUUACAAGAGAAGGAGCCACAGCGGGCCAAUGAAAUCCUGGAAAGUCUGAGAGAAUACCUGCAGUCUCUGCCCUUUGACUUCCAAAAUGCAUCCAUCAUUACUGGUCAGGAGGAAGGACUUUUUGGGUGGAUUACUGUCAACUAUCUCUUGGGAAACUUCCUUGAGAAAAACCUAUGGAAUACCUACGCUCGUCCACAGGCCUCAAAGACGAUGGGCUCAAUGGACCUUGGUGGUGCAUCGACACAGAUCGCCUUUGCCGUUGAGGAUAAGCUGAUGGGACCUGACUAUAUGCACAUCAAACUGUACGGUUACUCUUACAAUGUCUACACUCACAGUUUCCUCUGCUAUGGCAAAAAUGAGGCUGAGAAGAAGAUUCUGGACAAAGUCAUUCAGGGAUCAUCAUCAAACAGUGACUACAUUACCAACCCCUGCUACCCAGUGGGCUUCAACAUGACCAUGAAGGCCUCAUCCAUUUAUGACACAGAGUGCACAAAGAUACCAAAAAACUACAGCCUGAAUCAAGACUACUUCAUGGUGGGAUCGGGCGACUCAGACCAAUGUAGGAGAGUAGUGGAAUCCAUAUUUGAUUUCAGCCCAUGUUCUUCUGCCCACUGUUCCUUCAAUGGAGUCGAGCAGCCGCCAGUCACUGGGGAAUUCUUGGCAUACGCAGGGUACUUCUACAUUGCCAGAGCUCUGCUGAUGAACGAAUCGAGUGAAUGGAUCAGACCAUCAGAGUAUGAUGAAUUCAGCAGCUUAACCACCCAAUUUUGCAACACGCCUUGGAGUGUGCUAAGGAUGGAAAAGACAUGGAUCUACGACAAACACCUUCGCACUUACUGCUUUGCUUCACAUUACAUCUUCACUUUGCUGACCAACGGUUACAAGUUUGACAAAGACACAUGGACAAGCAUUCACUUUGACAGAGAGGUGAAGAACACCAGUGUAGGUUGGAGUUUGGGCUACAUGCUAAGUAGCUCCAAUAUGAUCCCGUCGGAGGUGAAAGAAGUCCUCCCGUUGACCGAUCCUGUCUUUGCUGGCCUUAUCUUUUUAUUUUCAGCUCUAACCAUUGUUACUGUCACCUGCAUUUUCAUUAUUCUUAUUCGCAUGUGCUACUGAGCAGUGCCGGUCAUCUUACAUCGUUGCAAUUUGUCUGUGUAUCCCUUUAAGAGCCAUGUGAACAGCAUAUUUCUUAGGCAUUGUCUGAAUAGGCUUACGGAUGAGUAUUGGGGUCACACACAAACAAUAUGAAUAUAAUGGAAGUAUGACAAGGGCAGUGUGAAGACAUAAAAUAGGCACUUAGCAUAAAAAGAAUGCGUUAGUAGACUGAUCAAGUUACAUAUACAGUAUAACAAUGAAAUAAUCAUAUUCUGUUAUUCCUUUGUAAUUACUUCAAGGAUAUAGCGGAAGAAAUUAGGGGGUGUUAGUGCAUCGAUUCUCAAACUGUAGUAUGAGUACCACUGGUGGUACGUGGGCUUUAUCUCGUGGUACUAAGAAACACCAGAAAUGUUAAAAUAAAAAUAUAUAUUAUAAACAUAUACUGUACAUGCAUGAAACAAUCGUACCAAAAUAACUUGCAAGCCAAACCAAAGAUUUGCUGAAAUUGAAUUCAAAGAAAAUGUUGCUGAAAUUCCACGUAGGACUCCACAAGCCACUUUCCUGCCAAGCCUUCAUCCCCUCAAGGGCAUAUAGCUGCUGGAAGGUCAAAGGCGCUGUCUUUGACUGGACCAUGACCCUGCUUUAGCUUUGAACUUCCAGCAGGUGUCUGCACUAAACUGCAAUGGCAAGCCGAAGUAGCAAAAAUGGUGGCACUUGGUGCCCCAACGCAGGCAUGUUCAAACAUUGUCCACCGAGUGCUCCAUACAUAAAAAUUGAAGGAUGCGGGGCGGGGCCACUUUGAUACAUUUUGUGCAAAAUUUUGUGUAAAACCUAAGCCAAGGUAUGUCAGUUUAUGCUAAGCCAGUGAUGCUCAACUGGUGGGUCGCGGAGCCGUUUUCAGUGGGUUGUGGGGCCUUUGCCAAAAAAAAAAUGUAACGACCCGAUGUCUGUGAACGCGUGCCAAGCCACCACGACGUGCUUGCCAUGUUUAUGGGCGACUUGGUCAAGCUUGAGCGGGAGUGGAAGGACACCGAGUGCCGACUGAAGGCACUGUCCAUCCGUCAGACAGCUAGAUAGCAAGAUAUCUACUGGAGAAGAGUGCAGUAUAAAGCCAAAGCUCACGUUGUGUUGCGUAGGGAAAUUCCACCCACAACAGCUACAGUCUGACAGUACUGUUUGAUGCCCAAAAAUAAAUGCUCCUAUUAUUUUUAAUGGUUUAUAUAGCGCCUUUCUAGGUACCCAAAGCACUUCACAGUGAACCCAUUAUUCAUUCACUCCUCAUUUACACAUUAAACCUGCCUACUGAGUGUUGAAUCAGAGCAACUGGACUCGCUUGAUUUUUAACUUGUUUCACUUCUCAUCCAUGUGCAAAUGCUCUGAUUCAACUCCCCAGAUAUAACAUGCACUGAAAACCUUCACACACACUUUUUUUUUCCAAAUAAUUUGUGACUAUGGAUAAAAUGGAUAUGGAUAAAAACAUAUUGUUGCUGAACUGAUCAUGACACUUGUUUUGUGCUGGCACAUGUUAUUUUGUACUUGCACCAAUUCAAGCUGCACUUCAAUGUCUUUUCAUUAAAGGGACGGCAACUGGCUCAAAAUGACACCGUCAGCGCUUAGCAAAAGGCUCAUGCGUUUGUGUGUGUUACCACAAGAGCUCGGCUAACGCCCUCUAGGCAGCCGCAUGACCUUUGCAAACAGUCUAUUUACAUUUAAAAUGUAAAUAAAUGAAUGUCAUUUAUUAAAUAAAUACGAUUAUAUCCGGAAUUUGGGUCGCUGCUGUUGGUUGAAGGGUGAUGGUGAUUCCUGCAGCCAAACCAGUUGAGAAGCACUGUGCUAAGCUAUCUGAACAAAACAGCGAUAUCUAAUAUGUCUUGCUUUUUUUGGAGUUGUUUUAAUCCCAUGUUCAUAUAAAUAUGUCCAAAAGGUUCUUUACCUUUGCUGUUGUUGUAGAAACACAGUGUUCCAUGACUCCCAAAAAGUGUGUUUUCAUGUUAGCAGUGCUAAACACUACAACGUAUCCAAUGCAGCAUCUUAAGGUGCUUGGUUCCCCCUAGUGGAUGGCUAUGGUAUUGUUCAUAAUUACCUUUUUCCUAAUUACCUGAUUUUUUUCUAAUCUUUUUGUUUGGAAAUGAUCCUAUUACAAAAAGCAAAGUAGUACUUUGAUGAUUACUAUUUUCUUUGGCUUUCUGACCAACAGUGGCAUUUAUGAAUUUAAACAUCAAAAAGUCUAGCCUCAUUGCAAUGUACUGGAUGUACUGGAUAUUAUGGCUGCAUUUUUGUACAUUGAGAUUUGUAAAGGAAAUUGGUGUAAUAGAAAGCUUUUUUUUAAUAGAAAGUUGUUUUUUUAAAAAAACGACUGUAUAUUCAGACUGAGGCCUCAGUUUAAGUUUUGACUAUGAUAAUUUAAAACACUGGAUUUAGAGGCACAUAAGAAUGCAGUAUUCUAGUGUCUUUUUAUUAUUAUUAUUGUACAAGCUUGGUUUUAAUUAAGAGAACAUGCUUUUUUUAUCUCAGGGACACCGGAAUUGAAAGCAAUUAUUUCACCAUUUUAUUGACUGGACCUUUGUUUCACUGCGCUUCCAUAAAGAGUCAAGACCUUGCCCUGUUUUUCCUCCAAUAAUACAAAUGUAUGCACUUCAGUUGCACUAAAUGCAUAUGCAAAACAAUAGCGCGUUUGCUAUUGCUUUAUGUUGAUGUACUUGUGUGUGUGUGUGUGUGUGUGUGUGAACUCAUUUAGAAAAAAAUGCUUCUGGAAACUCAGUUGAGAUAUUGUGCAAGCCAUAUACAUGUUAGAUGAAGCUUAUCAUGUAUGCUAUUGUGUACAGUUGUGUCGUAUGAUCAUUUGUGGUAUUAGGCAGUAUUGUUCCCAACCCAAGACUUGGGCUGCUGAACAUUCACUUAAAUUAUCUUUAAGGCAGACAGUUGUUUUUUUAAUUGUCAAUUUUGGUUCAGCAGCCAGAUGUUAUUAAUUUUCCAUUCUUGGAACAGAUUUGCAUGGUAGUGUUUUUAUUUUUGCAACAUUUUUUGUAUUGUUAUAUGAAUAGCUGAUAUAUAAAAAAAAAAUCCAAAAAAGUCGUGUCUGGCAGCAUGAAUAAACUGUGGGAAGCAUUUUCCAUGACUUAUCUCUGCAGUGGACACAAUUAUGCACGAAUGUAAUGUGAUGCAUUGACUGUGUCACCGAUGUUUUGAUAAUGACUCCCAUUAUAAUAAAUGUAUCUACCACCUGUGCAUGUUGUGGUUCUGGCAUCACAAAUCAAUGACAAGAUUAGCUUUCCAAAGUGGUUAUUUCUCCAAAAGCAGUCAACCACCCACUCGUACUACAUACAUACAGUGCCCUCUGGUGGUAGCACUGCAUACUGCAGCAACACAGUGCACACGCAAGAGAAGACGUUGUAUUUAUUUUUAUUUUUUAUUGAAAGAUUUGUCUAGAAAGGAAAAAAAAAUCAAACCAAAAGAGACAUUGGGAACUACAUCAAUAUCCACUGGCUCUACAGACACUCUCAGAAUCACAAUUGAAAAGACAUGGAGGGCAUGUGACCAAGCAAAUAAAAAAAUAGCAUCAUCAAAGUUUUUUUUUUGUCUGUUGCAUUUUCUUUUCCACACCUGUACAAAAACUGAUCUCAUAAAUAUUACUCUCUGCUCUCUCUGUCUGCCUUGUCUUAUCGAGGUUUGUAUCUGCUUGGUUUUGGUUGAAUCCAUUUUUUCUUUCAAUGUUUUCUCUUGUGUUAGCGGAGGGUGCGGGAGCCUCAAGACCGGCACGUGCGUUUUUUUAGUGCUCUUU